UUGUCGCCCCCUAGUGCGGGGAAGAAAAAUCGCACAACCGGUAGUUUCACUUUUCUUCCAUUGCUCGUAAAGAGUGACGAUCUUUGAAAGAAAGCAAGAAACGGUCGUGGAAGCGUUUUAAGCAGAUGGCAGAACCAGGCAGGACUGUGAAGGUGUGUGGACUGCCCACAGGCAUCGAGGAUAACACACUGAAAGACAAGCUAUUGAUUUACUUCCUUAGAAAAAAAAAUGGAGGAGGGGAAGUAGACUCUGUCACCUUCCUCAAGGCAACGCCUCUGGCUGCUCUCAUCACCUUCGAGGACAGCGGAGUGGCACAGAGAGUUAUUCACCACAGGCUACACGUUCUGGAUGUGGAUGGGAAGAAGUAUAAGCUCACGGUAACUGAGCAUUGUGAAGAUUUCGCUCCAGAUCAGGUCGUCUUAAGCUUAUCAGCAACAAUUGACUACAGCAAGCUUCCAGGGGGAAUCAUGGCAUUGACAAGCCUUCUUCAGAGCCACCACGAUGUCCAGAUCAACUAUACUGCUACUGAGAAAUGCUCUACAAUAUUUGGCUCUUACUCCACAGUGCAGGCAGCUUUGGCACAACUACUGGGUCAUCCUGGAGGCUCAAACUCAGCAGAAAACUCAAAAGACUUGAGUCAGCCUACUUCCAGUGGUUUCCGGUCUGUUCAAAAAGCACAGAAGCAUUAUACACAGGAGUCAGAAGAUCAGAGCAGAAAAGCCAACAAGCAAAGAGACAACAAAGAAAAAAAUCACAUUGACAGGCCAACUGACAACUACAGUUUAAGUUCAGAAAGAGACCUGACACCUGGUGGUUAUACCUGGGAGGACACUGGUCAGGCAGAUGGAGCUGCUUUGCAGCAUUCUACAACCUCGGCGGAUGAUUUCUCACUAAUUAUGGAUGGAGACAUGUUUCAGUACCUACAGAAACACUGCCGGAAGGAAUACCAGCAUAUCCUGAAGCAGUAUGGGGUUGAAGUGGUGGAUGUAACAAGUCAGGGUUUGACCACUCUGUUUCUGCAUGUUACAGCAGCAGUUGGGGAGGAUGGUCUAGAGGAGGAGCGCUUGAAGAUAGCCAGAACGGCUAUAAGUCAGCUUCAUGAGGACAUUGAGGCCAAAAUCCGUCGAUCCCAGCUGCCCAAAGCUAUCCUGCACCCCAGUGGAGGCCUGCAAAGGGCAAUUGAGAACUUAAGUGUCAGACUUCCCAAACUUAUUCUGAAUGAAGAUGAAAAAAAUAUUUAUAUUAUUGGAAGCAGUAGUGAUGUGUCAGAGGCCAAGCAGUUUCUUCUCCUGGACAAUGUUAACCAGCGAGAUAAAAAGGAAGAUGUAGCUAGUCUCCUGAGAUUUCCCUCAUAUGGUUCAAGUUUAUACCCUCAGACUGAUGAGGAGAGAUUCACUCUCCCCACACCCUCCACUGUAGCAUCGGGGGAUGAUAAGCUAGAUGAGAUGCUGAAGUCAGAGGAAGAUGAACGAAGAGCUGAAGGAGCCAGAAGGUAUAAACUAGCUGCCCGGUUUAAGGAUUCUGGGCUAGCUGCGUUAAGCAGUCGACCAGCUGACUUCACUUUACGAACAAACUCAUCUCCCAGCAGACAAACACGCCAAGGGCCAAUGUUAGGGUAUGAUGUACUCUCAGAAACAGCAGGGACUUCUGGUGAGGCAGUUUCCAGAGCAGUACCCCAAAACACAGGAGGAGACAUUUUGUUCAAGACUGGAUCUAGUUUGGCAUCUUCCUCGCUUCAAAAUAGAACCUCUUUGAAUCCAGAUUUAACAGAUGCUCGACCUAAGAAUUCAUCAUCCCCUUUUAGUGGUACACAGUCCAGUUUGUCAGGAAGUCCUGCACCUCAGUCUGCUGGAUCCAGAUCCACCUUGAAGCGAGCCAGUAGUUUCUCAGGAACGCCUCAGCAGAAGGCUCAAGUUAUGAGUCAGAAGAGUCAAGAAGAUAGCAGCAAGUCCACAGUCAGAGCCAGGGGCAGGUCUUCUAGCUUCAGUACCCAAACAGGAAGGGACAAGCAGGAAGUCUAUACUGCAGAUCUUACAGUAUCCAGGAUAAUGUGGAAACAUAUAAAAGAAUCAUACAGCUACCGAGUGGAAGAUCUAGCUUCUGAUGUCCAGUUAAAAGAGAGCAGCUUAGGUAGUCAUGAGCUGACUGUUACCAUAAGAGGAGCAAACUCAUCCAAAGUGACUUCAUGUCAUCUAGGUUUGCAGAAGCUGGUUGACUCAGUUAGUUCAGACUUCUCUGUGCAGGAGGUGUCCUUGUCUGAACUGGGUAUCACUGACAAAGCAGAUGAAACCUUACAAGCUUGCUGCUCUGAAGUGCGGAGCCGCUUUAAGAAGGUUACUAUCGAGAUAUUAGCCAAGAGCUUAUAUCUUCUUGGUCCACGGCAGUUGUGUUCCCAGGUAGGUGCUACCCUGCGGGAAGUAUUUUCUGGAGACUCGGCUCAAAUACCUGACAAAUACCAAUAUUCCCCAACUUCUUUUCAAAUGAAUGAAGAUAAAAGCACUAGCUUGCACUUUAACAGUAACUCUCAGGUGAUUAGAGAGAGCCAACCAGGCAAUGCUGAUGGUACAAGUAGGAGUCGGGAAUGGAGGACAACCUACAGAAGUGACUUUGGUGGGAGGGAGAUUGUGAGUGGAUCUAUUGGUCUGGCAAGGCAAGAUCAUGUCAUUAAGGAGAAAGUCAAGCCUAUAGAUCCAAUGGAGAUGGAUGGACAGAAGGCUAAGUCAUUUGUCAGUCAGUCUACACCAGGAAAUGAUAGUGUGAGGGGUCUGAAUGGUAUCGGAUCAUCAUUAACCCGCACUGAGAAAGGGACCACCUUACCUGCUACGCAGAUAGGCAGUGUAGGUCAAGAAGAAGCAGAGAUCCAGAACACCCCAGGGGAAGCCAAACCAGGCCAGGAGAGGCUGGGGAACAUCUGUGUUUGUGGAGAAACUGGGAUAUCUGUGCAGAGAACAAAAUGUGGAACUACCUUUUGCUCAAAGUGCUUGGACACGGUACAUGUCCGCUGCAGAGUUUGUCAUGAGACGGAGCAGAAACCUCGGGGCAUCCUGGGCAAAAUUGUAAAAUCUAAACUAAACAUCACUUUGCCAGGUUACAACAAGUUCUGUACUAUCAAGAUCACUUACAGCAUUCCUGAUGGUAUCCAAGCGGAUGGGCAUCCAUCUCCUGGAAAACCAUUUAAGGGAGGGCUAUUUGAAGCCUACUUUCCAGACUGUCAGCCGACAAAGAAGCUGUUGCCCAGGCUGGAGAAAGCCUUCAGGCAGGGACUCACCUUCACAGUGACAGGCAAAGGGACAGAUGCAAGGGUGACCUGGGACGGCAUCCCACACAAGACCAGCUUACAGGGAGGCAAAUCAGGGAAUGGGUACCCAGAUUCCACUUACUUGACGCGCUUGUCUGAGGUCUUGACCUCCCUUGGAAUUGAGGAAUCAACAGAAAAGCCCCAUGAUUAAAACAUGUAAAAAAUGUAUUUCUUCCUUGUUUUAUAUAUAAAAAAUAGCAGUAUAUUGGUGAUCUUUGUGUUUACAGCACUGUUUUGCGGUUUUGAUUAGUUGACAAUCACACUUUGUUAUAGUGAGAUGUUGAUAUCUGAUCAUCCUUUAAUUGUAGUCUCUUUUAAAUAAUGGAGUCAUUGAAGACUGAAUUUUAAUUUUGUAACGUCCUUUACCAAUUUUCUUUUAACAAGUUGUUCAAGAGUGAAGGGCCUAUAGUAUUUCACAUGACAAUUUUUUAAAGAUACCGUUUCAGGUUAUUUUGCAGAACAAAUGAAUAUUAAAGUCUUCAAUAUGCACAGUACUGCAUAGACCAAAUAAUUUGCACCGCACUGUGUGAUUGUAGUCAUCAUUUAGUUUAGGAACAACAGACAGUAAUUUGUAAAAUAUUCUGAAUUUAAUAAAUUAAUUGUCAAAAAUCUGUCUUUGCUUCUGGGCACAGAAAUAAAAAAAGCACAUUUCCUGUCUUUUUUUAUUAUGCUUUUUUUUAUUAGUCCUGGAAAACAUGUAAGGCAUAUGGUAACAUUACACACUGAAGCGUUACAAGCUCUAAAGGCCAUGUGGAGAACAUGGCACCACGCAGUAAACCCAGAGUCAAGCACAGAAGCAGCAUCAAUUCAAAGGGUUUAAAAAACAAAGUUGAGACGAGAAAGUGUGUUUGCAACCAUUUAAAAACAAAGAAGGGGAAAAAAAAAAAAAAAAAAAAAAAGAAAGGACAGAGUUUCUGUCCUUUCUUGUCCAAAACAAGACAAGAAAGGACAGAGUAUAGGAAAUAUAGAAAUCAACCUGUUGGGUAUGCCUUGUAGAAAGUUACCAGUGGUCACUGACAGGUGUGUAGUAGGAUGGAUGUGAAGUGGGUUUCUGAAGCAUUCCCAGAGAUAGGUUAAGAUGUCUUGUAAAUGUACCAGCUUGCCAUGGAGGUUCCCAUGCUGAAGGGUCUCAGGUGACGCAGGGGGGCAGCAGGCUGGCAUUCUCCUCUCUCACACACACCACACAACUACAUGACUACUAAACUAAUGUGAAAGACACAGAACGGUACAUACACACAUGCCUUAUUUUGUUGUUGUUGUUGACUAAACAUGCAUUCUAGUACUGUACAUGACACGCCCAGCCAGGUUGUACUUCCUUAGCAUCUCUGCAAUGCAGCUGCACUGCAAUAUCUCAAAAACGACUGUUAAGGAUAAUAGCUGCAGGCAGAUGUGGUCGUUUGAGUUCGUAGUGUAGCGAACACAGUGGCUCUGAAUGUGGAACUAAGCCACUUUCAUCCUCCCUUUUUUGACUUAGAACACUAAAGCUUACUUAAAAUGUGAGUACUGUGAAGGAAAAUUGGUGUGACAGUUUGUGCAGUUAACUCAGUGAAACAAUGAUGUGUGUGUUAGUAAAUUGAGAUUUAAGUGGGUUCCUACAUAGGGAAAACUGCUGUUUGGAAUGACCUGAGAAACCAUAUAGAAGAAAUAAAUCACCACAAAGCAAACUGUGGGUGGCUGUGAGGGACUACAGCUUCAAGCCAAGACGGAUAGAAAAGUAGCUGCUGGAAAUACAACACUCACUGUACUCACUUUCUUUAGAUCUAAAACUAUGAGUGACAGUAUAAUCAAAUCUAAAAUGUUCAAAAAAACAAAACACUUUAAUUUUUUUGGAAAACUUUGAAAUACUUUUUUUUUUUUUGUUCCUCCCUUGCAUCUCUGAGUUGUUAAGUACUCUUGCAUAAGUGUCUGGAAUGACUGGGAAACCAUUUCAAGAUGAGAUUACAAUUCAGCUUCACCACGGUGGAAAAGCUCUCAGGCUGCAGGCCACAGUAGGAAGGGGUGGGUUUUACUUUAACCGACGGAUCCACUUGAACUCGAAUUCAAGACGCGAAACACCCACCCCGCUGAUUGAGUUCAUGUCAAAGGCAUCUCAGUUCAAAAGUACCCCGGGGAAAAUGUUGAAAGAAAAAAGAAAAGGGAUUUUAAUCUGUUUUCCACAUGCAGAUGAAUGCAUGCAAUUUCAAAUUCCAGAUGUCAAAGUAAUGCUCUAUUUUCUUUGAAUGUGUAUGCAGAAGGAAGAGGCUGAUAUGGAGAGGAGUUUUUGGCUGGCUGCUGGACUGCAACUGUUGCACCGGCCAAGAGGUUUUGCAGAUGCAGCACAGGAAAAGAGGAAUGACUCUUAAUAAUCCUUGAGUGAACUGAGAUCAACUGCAAAGCGGAAAUGUUGUGUCUGGGGCAGGCCAGAACUGAGCUAUGAUUAGCCAAUAAGCAGAGGCUGUGCUCAGCUGUGUUACAGUACUGGCUUUCCUGCACAGCUGUGUAAAAAACAUCUGGUCCCUCACUUGUUAUACAAACCAUUUUGGAAACAAACUGAAAGAAAAGAAAUCCAUAGAGAGGAAUAGCACAGAGCUUUGGAGCUGGGGAAAUUUGCAGAUUUACGACCAUCUUUUGGUGUGGUGGAGUUUUGAGUCUUAAAUCCACCAUGUUUUGUUCCUCUUCACUGUAAUACUGAUGUUAUAGCUGUAAACCAACAGAGGGAAUCAUCCUAUUGGGGCCGAUAUGAUGUGAGACCUGGUAAAACACAGCGAAAAGCAUUUACUAAAUACAUCUCAGAUUGAGGUAAGGAGAGAGGCACAAUGCAGGCCUAUGCUUCAGCAAGACUACAACCAAUCACCAAAUACAGAUUGUGUUAAACCUUUUAUAAACUGCAGCAAAAUUCUGUCAGCACCUGUGAGCAUUUUGGGAUAUAAAUCUGACACAAUGUGACAACUUGUGUGAAUUUUUCUUUUUUUUUCUCUUUUCUUCAAGGUUGACGGAAAUGCAUCCAACAACAGAAUUUUCUUCAUAUUUUUUUUUAUGCACUGUUAAUAUUCAAAGCAUGGACAGAGGAAUAUACAUACAAUUUGGCACACAUGGUUUAAACCAACAGAAAGACUUCAUCACAUUUAAAGAGGAGUGCAGGUUGGCAAGUCCCCACAUAAGAGUAUGAGCUUUGAACUUUAAACCCUUGGAUAACAAAAAACAAACAAACGAACAAAAAUAUAAAGGUAAAUCAAAAUAACAUAGUAAGUAAAACAUCUUUUUUUUUUUUUUCUCAUUUCAAAACUGAAGCGUUUGUUUCUCACAUGGCACUCGGAACAGAAGCACCGUCCACAGGUUCACAAAGGGAGCCCAGCAGAUUAGAA